UUGUUUUCUUCCAUCAACGAUCAAAGGACGACCUCUGACCCGCAAAAGCUCUUCAUCGUACCUGGUAUCUUCUUUGACCCUGCUUUAGCAUUGCAUUUCCCUGUCUGAUGCAACGAUGAAACGCCAACGGCAUUGCCAGCGUCUUUCGCCACUGCUCUCCUUUUUGUUCUUCCAAUGGCAACUCCAGAUUCUCGUUGCGACGCUUCUUGCUAGUAGUCCAGUGACUGCCUUUUACAUGGACCGAGUCCAUCGCUCCACCUUUACCGAAGCUCCUGGCAUGUGGGAAGACGUUCCGGUAGUGCUGGAAGAAUUUCUGGAUGUUUCGGAAUGUGAGGAAUGGUGGCAACACAUUUCGACGCGCAGUCGAAACGAACCGGUCCAAGUGCAUGGCGACUCGUCGUCCUCCCAGCAAUUGAUGCCCUUGCGUCGCGCCGUUACCCACAUUCUGCAAUCAUCAAGUCACGCCACUCCACUCAGCGCUACAUCCUUGGGAUCCUCUUGUUCUACCGAUCAAUUGCCACUCUACGAUCGAUUGGACGCACUGUUUACGGAGGAUGACACGGAUGACACGAUGGAUUGGUUGUCCGCUUGUUUUGGUCGCCAUGUACCACUCUACGAUACUUUGACAAUCGAAGGAGAAGGAUCAUCGGCCACUCCCAUUUCCAGUCAUCCCUUUACCCAAAUGAUUCUCUGUCUGCAGGGAGAUUCCCUCAUUCGCGUUAUGCCACCCAAUCCGUGGAUGCGGCUCUGUUCUACUUCACUAGACCGACUGGCAUGGGAAGGAUUCCCCGUCUCGUUUGGUAAUCAACUACAUGUAGGGCAACAAAAACACCACAAAGACAGUCUGAGCUUGUUUGCCUUGCGGCAUCAAGAUGUGCAACUGGAUGACGAAGACGAAGAAGAAUACGACGACGAUCCGUAUGGACCCUUGCAAGAAUGGGCCGAAGAGGCGACACUGUUGCAUCCCAAUUUUGCCAUUCCCACCAACCAAGACGAUGACAAUGACGAUGACGACGCCUGGCAUUCCUCGGUGCUAUUACCGGGAGAUGUCGUGGUGAUUCCUCCGGGAUGGUGGUAUCAGACCUACAGCACCAACCAGGCGGUCUGUGUACAAUCGCAACGAUGUGGCGGCAGUGAAAUGGGAUGUCAUUUGGUCCAGCACGUAUUGGAACAAGCAGGGAUAUCCUCCAAAUUGCUCUUGCAAAACUAUUUGGAAAGUGAAAAUGUGGACGGUGCAGCAGUAUACAGCAGUGAACGAUAUUACACCGUGACCGAGGCACAAGAAUUGGUCGAUGCCCUCUUUGAAACGUUGGAAGAUCAUUACGACAACAAUGAUGAUGACGAUGACGAUGACACCACCAGUGAAAGUCAAUUUCCACAAAAGAACAAGCUUGAAUGGUAAAAAGCCAGGUGCCAAGCCAAGCAAAACUCCAGCUACCAGGUAGCACCUCCAAGCCAACAGUACCUUGCGCAACAAGCAAAUUCACUGCAGAUUUUCUGCCGCCGUGGCGUGUGCGCAUCCUCUCUAAUUGCCAUGAUGUCGGGGGACGGUGUGGAAGUGUGGCGAAAUGCUGCAACCGGACAAGUUUUGUUUCGUCGAGGAUCCAGUUGUGGUCUAUGGUGGACUACACUACAGGGCCACUUUGGACUACGGAUGUGGUGUGACGUUGUAGACGAUGGAACAGAACGGUAGGGAUGGUGCCAUAAUUUUGAGUUCAUUGGUGCAAAAGACUUUACAAUUGAUGCCCGCUGUGUGCCGGGCAGAGUUCUGAACCUGGGCAAUUCAAGGCCAACUGCUUCAACGGCUUCUCCAAGGUCGAGCUUCGCUUUUUAAAAGAUUCAUACGUUUCAGUUUUCGUACACGACGCAUUGGAGAUCGAUGCCGAGGCAAUCUGUGGGACAGACAAUGGCACACGCUUGACACUGUUGUCUUGAACC